GCAUAGUAUAAUUUUAGAUGCUGCGUGUUUAUUGCGACCCCAACGCUGGAGAGAGUUUUAAGAAGGGAGCCGUCCCCACGUUUAAUCCCGAUAGCUCAGUCAUCCCCUGGUCCCUAGAGAUCGCCCGCCAUGUCCAUCAACACGCCCGCCGCAGGGCAGUCCGUCCCGGUCGCCAACCCAGAAGCCGUCUCGUAUGGCAACGAUGACCAGCUGUACAAUCACUCGACCGGUACGGUAGACCUGCCGAGAGGUUGGAAGUAUCGGCAAUACCGCCUCUUCGGCUACACUCUGCCCUGGUAUGCGUCGCCAAAGAUCCAGCUGGGCAUGGUAGCCUUUGUGUGCUUUCUGUGCCCCGGCAUGUUCAACGCCCUCGGUGGAAUGGGAGGCGGAGGCAAAACCGAUGCCACGCUGGCUGAUAAUAUGAACACAGCCCUGUACAGCACCUUUGCCGUCUUCGGCUUCUUCGGCGGCACCUUUGUCAACAGGCUCGGCGUGAAAUUGACGCUGGCCUUUGGAGGAGUCGGAUACUGCCUUUACGCCAUCAGUCUGCUGGUAUCGGUGCACCACCAUGUUCCGGGCUUCAACCUAUUCGCGGGCGCUUGGCUUGGUGUCUGCGCGGCCAUGCUGUGGACUGCGCAAGGCACCAUUAUGAUUUCGUAUCCCCACGAGGAUCAAAAGGGACACUAUUUUGCCUGGUUCUGGGGAAUCUUCAACAUGGGAGCUGUUAUUGGAAGCUUGAUUCCCCUGGGCGAAAACAUCAACAUCAAGGCCAACGUAACAGUGAGCGAUGGUACCUACAUCGGGUUCAUCGUGCUCAUGUUCUGCGGAGCGCUUCUUGCCCUUACGCUCUGCAAUGCCAACGACAUUGUCAGAAAGGACGGCUCCCGCGUCAUCCUGAUGAAGAACCCAACCUGGCAGAGCGAGCUAUGGGGGCUGUACGAAACCCUUAAAUUCGAGCCUUUUGUACUUUUCCUUUUCCCCAUGUUCUUCUCGUCCAAUUGGUUCUACGUCUACCAGCAGAACGCCGUAAACGGCGCGCACUUCGAUACCCGAACCAAGGCCCUGAAUAGUCUUCUGUACUGGAUGGCGCAAAUCUUUGCUGCCGGUAUCUGGGGAUAUCUCCUUGAUCUGGAGCAAAUCCGUCGUACGAUACGCGCCAAGGUUGCACUUGGGGUUCUCUUCGUCCUUACCUUUGCUAUCUGGGGUGGUGGAUAUGCCUUCGAGAAGACAUAUACCCGCGCAACUGUCGCUGAGCCGACCUUUAAGCCAACUGACUGGACCGACUCGGGCUAUGUUGGUCCCAUGUUCCUGUACAUCUUCUAUGGCUUUUAUGAUGCUGCCUGGCAAGCCACCGUCUACUGGUUCAUGGGUGCGCUAUCCAACUCCGGUCGCCGUUCUGCAAACUACGUCGGGUUUUACAAGGGCAUUCAAUCUGUCGGAGCCGCGGUUGUCAACAACCUUGAUGCCCGCAAGCUCUCGUUCAAGGCAGAAUUCAUCAGCAACUGGACUUUGCUCUCCGCCUCGCUUGUUGUUGCCGCUCCAGUCAUUCUCCUCAAGAUUCGCGACCAUAUCGACACGGAAGAAGAGCUCAAGGGUACCGACGCGACUCUUGCCGAUGUCUUGCCUCAAGGCCAUCCAGAGAAGACUGGUAACGUUUGAAUAGUAUGACGGAUCAACUUCGAAGAUUGACAUGUUUGAGUGGCGACUCCUUAUGAAUACUAAUCAAUUGGGGUUUAUUUCCUUAAUUUAAGUCCCAUGGUCCUACAUAGACUUAAUCAUGAAUAUUUGAAUGAUUCACAACCGACAUUCUGUUUGGUGACUAGUACGCUAUGAAGACUCCUUCUCA